CUUUACCAGGGGAAUUUGUGGCAGAGGAUAAAACGACUACCCGGUCCGGCCCAUAUGGAUGCUUUGGAAGUUGGAUCCGCUUCCCAACUCUAUGUAUGUUAAGACUUUGCCAACGACUAGCUUUCCCAAGUCCUAUUGCUCCUCCACCACGUUCCUUUGUGCAUUCUUCUUCAUCUUCCUCCAAAAACUAUCCAUUUUUGCGCACAAGCCCAGAAAUUUCAAGACUCCGUUUUGCAAUGGCAAAUCCAUCUCAAGCUGUCUCGAUCAGAGGACCAAUCACUCAUGUCAUCUUCGAUAUGGACGGCCUCUUACUCGACACAGAGAAGUUCUAUACUGAAGUCCAGGAAAUUAUACUGGCUAGGUAUAAUAAAACUUUUGAUUGGUCUCUGAAAGCCAAAAUGAUGGGGAAGAAAGCAAUAGAAGCUGCUCGGGUCUUUGUUGAAGAGACUGGAAUUAGUGACACCCUUACUGCUGAGGACUUUCUAGUUGAAAGAGAGGCACAGCUGCAGAGUAUGUUUCCGACAAGCGAGCUUAUGCCAGGGGCUAGCCGCUUGAUCAGGCAUCUUCAUGAGAAAGGAAUACCGUUUGCCUUAGCAACAGGUUCUCAUAAGCGGCACUUUGAAUUGAAAACACAACGCCAUGGUGAACUUUUUUCAUUGAUGCAUCAUGUUGUCCUUGGUGAUGAUCCAGAAGUUAAACAAGGGAAGCCCUCGCCGGAUAUAUUCCUUGCAGCAGCCAAAAGAUUUGAGGGUGCCCCAAUUGAUCCAAAGAAAAUUAUGGUGUUUGAAGAUGCACCCGCUGGAGUUCUUGCAGCUAAAAAUGCUGGGAUGUCGGUUGUCAUGGUUCCAGAUCCAAGGCUGGACAGCUCUUUUUAUGAUAUUGCAGACCAAGUUCUGAAAUCCCUGUUGGAUUUAAAUCCAAAUGAUUGGGGUCUUCCUCCGUUUGAAAAUCCAGCGAGCUAAACUAUGCUUUGUGGCAUAUUUAUGCUGCAAUACGUGGGAAACAAGCAACUUUUAUUGAUUAGAAUUGAAGGCACACCUUGAUGGUUUUUGCCAGAAUAUCAUUCUUACGUUAUUCUAAAACUGGUCAGCCACUUCGAACAGUGAUUAUUGAAUUUUCUGUUUAAAAAUCCUUGAUGUUUCUUAUCAGUAGCUUUACAUGUUAGAGCUUUUGACAGAUGAUACAUAAGUACACCUGCAUCAACAGCAUUUGGUCAGAAAUUAUUU